AUGUGCUUCAUUUGCCACGAGGGAGACCAACAGGACUCGCUCGUGUCGCUGUGCAGGUGCUCGGGCACCAUGGGCCUCCUGCACAUCACCUGCCUAGAGCGCUGGCUGAACGCCCGAAACAUAGAUCAUUGCGAACUUUGCCACCACCGCUUUCCAACCAUGGGCCAUGCCACUUGCGUGCGCCAGUUCUUCCACUGGGCGCUGCAUGGCGAUUCGCAGCGGGCGGUCCUGCGAGACUUGUUCUGGUUCGCGCUCCUGACGCCGGUGGCCGCACUUUGCUGUUUCUUCUGCCCUCACAGCGCCUCUAAGCAAGUGCUCGAAGGUCGCACCAUUGAGGCCGCCGGCCUGGUCACUCUGGCCGGCCUCUUUGUCACGGCCUACAUGGCCUGGUUGUGCCACAAGGUUCGCUUCCACUACCGAGCUUUCGCGGCAUGGCAGGUAAGGAAUCCGAGGCGCAGGAUCCUGGCACCGCCUUUAGCCGGAGCAACAGCUGCAGGCGGGGAAGAUUUAACGACAGGCGUUCAAUCGGGGGUCGUGCGAGAGGUGGUGGACGUCGUCGUCAGAAGCGUCAACGAGACCGGGAGCCGGUGCACGGCAAAGGGUCGACGCGGCGACCAACGAGUGGCUUUGGAACCUUCGCCGAACGUUUUGCCGGAAAACCCGCCUGCUGCGCUGCAGCAGCCAGCCUACGCACACGACCCAUUUACAGACUCCGCGUUUUGGUAG